AUGGUUUUCCCCAAAUACACAGAGCAUCCAACAGUCCAGAGAAAUCAGCCGGAGGAAAAGGGACAAAACAACAGAAAAAGGAAAAAGACAGGCAGCAGUGCCCCAAAGAGGAGCAAGAAGAAUGACACUCGAAGAAAAGAUGGAUCGCUGGACGACUGUGCAGGAGCAAAUAAUGAACGAAGCCCCCUUUCUUCGCCCCCUCGCAUUUCUCUAAGAGACCUGAUGGAGGCUGAGACAAAGUUAGUGUUCAGUGACGAACAGGACAUUACCCACAAGUCCCUGGCCUCCACCGCCACACAAUUAAUGUGUCAAGCGGCUGAAAUAGGAGGGCCUCCGAGUGGACCUAAUCUCAGCUUUCUGCCUCAAAUUGACAAAUGGCUCGAUGUAGCUUUACAGGACGCCAACUCGUACUACCAACAGAAGAAAUAUGCCACUGCAGCCAGCCGUUUCACUGCUGCACUAGAGCUAUGUUCCAAAGGUGCUGUGUUUGAGAAACCGUUUAACGCUGAUUAUGAAGACGUUUGUAAAGUUGUCAGCUUUGUUGAGUCCAGAAUAGUUGCCUGCUAUCUCCAAAUGAAGAGGCCUAACCCGGCAUUGCUGCACUGCUACAGGAGCAUCCAGCUAAACCCCAUCUGUUUUCAGAACCACCUUCGAGAAGCCAUGGUGUAUCGACUGCUAGGAAACCCCUGUGAGGCAGCGAGGGCCGCCAUGAUUGCUGACUACAUUUACUGGCUGUCAGGAGGCAACAACCGGCACAUAAGCAAGCUCAUCAAACUGUAUUGGCAGGGGCUCCUGGAGGCAGCGCUUACAAUGGAGAAGACUUUCUCAUUCGUGUUCACUCCCUGGUCUGGAGAAUCAUCCUCGAACGUCACAGAGAAAAUUGAGGAGGCCUUCCGGAAGCUUCAUCCAGCCUUCACAGACUACAUCUUUACUGACCCGCGUGGAGGUCAUUUGUUGCCCCAGACAACAGACUGGAGUCAGCCUUCAUCCACAAAGAGUUACUUCCUCACCCUUGGCUUCAGAACGAGAAAUGAUGGAGACUUCCUACAUAAACUUCUCCACAGGAGGUGUCCCACAUUCACAGGGCAGAGAUCUCCAUUCACUCCUCCCAGCUAUAGAGACCUAGAAAUGAUGUUUGAGAUGCAAGGAAAGAAGAUCCUGCCAGUUCUGGAUUUCAUUAAGUGCACCAAGCUAAGUGUGGGAUUUUCCCAAGGAUCUGGACUCAUAGAGCGUCUGCAAUAUGCUAGUGUCCUAGGACAACUGAAUAGGUUCAGAGAACAUAUGCAUGUACUGCAGUACACACUGGCUGAGCUGGCGGUCGCACCCUACCUGCAGGACAUCAGUCCUUCUGAUUCAGAGCUGCUGCUGGCUCUAAUGGCAGACACCAUGGACACCCUUGAAGGCAAGCGGCCUGAUCAGGAACGUGUGUGGAAUGCAAUGCAAAAGGUUGAGGCAGUGAAGGAGAUGCUUUAUCAGAUAGAGGAGACAUACCUGAAGAAGAAGGCCCUGAGAGCCACCAGACAGCAAAAGGCUAAAGAGAAGAAAGCCCUGAAAAAACUGUCCCUCAGGAGUCCCACCACACCCCCCCAGGGCCAACUGAAUGGAGUGACCGACCCACAGCCCAGUCAUCCAAUAAGUGAGCACCUACCACCACCCCACAAACACUUAUCUUCUGCCAAGAAGUAGGACACUCCACCGGGCCAUUACU